GGUCGAUAUUCACAGUAGAAAGACAACACGUUUGUGUAAGAGCUUAUGGCGGCGCCCAAUGGCACAGCUGGGGAUGUGUCUUUCACUUAUCAGCAGAUCUUUAAUCAAGACAUGGAUGCUGGGCUCAGUACUAAAACUGCAGUGGCUGUGUUAACAUCUCUGUUCUUCAUUUUUGUAAACUGUGUGAUGCUCUUUGCUCUAGGAAGCAAGCGUGUGUUCCAUGAGACGGCACGCUAUAUACUUUUUGGCCACAUGCUUAUGAAUGACUCUGUGCUUUUGCUGGUCUCAAUCUUAUUGUAUACACUGGCUCAGUGUUUCCUUCCAAUACCCAAAUCCAUAUGCACUCUGUUAGUGUUUAUCUCCCACUGCACUUUCCGUAAUGCUCCUCUGACUCUCGCACUGAUGUCUCUGGAGCGGUACGUGGCGAUCUGCUUCCCUCUGAGACACUGCAACAUCGCCACACCAAAAAGGACUGGAAUCGCCAUAGGAAUCAUCUGGUUCCUUAGUUCUAUAAAUAUUAUAACUGACAUUAUUUUUGUUUUAACUGUCAACCCCAGUCAUUUAGUCGGUAUUUUAUUUUGUACAUUAGAAAAAUUGUUUCUAUUCAAAUGGCAGCUGGAUAAAUAUCAAGCGUUUGAUGUUCUUUAUUUUGUGUCGGUUGCAGUGAUCAUCAUUUUCACAUACAUUAGCAUUAUGAUCACUGCUCGGUCUGUCUCCUCUGAUAAAGAUUCAGCUAAAAAAGCUCUCAGAACGGUGCUGUUGCACUUGAUUCAGCUGGGACUGUGUCUCACCUCUUUCCUGUAUAUUACAAUAGAAAGAACACUGUACAUAAUGACUGGAACCAACUCUUCUCUCUUCAUAAAUCUCAGAUAUCUCAAUUUUCUUAUUAUUCUCAUUCUACCACGUUGCCUGAGUCCUCUGAUCUAUGGUAUGAGAGAUGAAGCAGUGUGGCCCUUGUUCAAAUAUUUUUUCUGCUAUCGUUCAGGAAAAGUAAAGCCCUCUGUUAAUGUACAUUAAUGUUUUUUUUUUUUGACAAAUGGUUAUAUCCCAAAAGAUAUUGUGGCUCACGUGUUGCAAACACCUAAACUUGUUCAUCAAACUCUCAGAUGAAAUUAUCUGCCAAAAUAUAUUUAAGACUGUUAUCUGGGGGAGUAAUAGGCUGUCUCUGUGCAUAUUUUAACAUAAUCUGUAUUCAUACUAUAUAUUAAUUAGUAUCCUUUUCAUUUUAUUUAUAUUAUAAUAUAGAAGCUAUUAUUCACAAGUUUCUACCUGGGUUCUGAAAUUACACUUGUAUAAAAAUAAUUAUAUAAAAUUAAUUUUGGGAAAAUAAUAAUGUCUCCUAACCUAACCAGGACAAAAGUAUAAACAUAAGAUAAAAACUGUUAAAACCUCACCAAGAAUUCUAUGUACGUUUCCAUAUAAUUAUAAUUAAUUAUGCAGACAGCUAGCCUGUAUAAUGCAUUUGUACACUUUUGGACUGUUAUAGAAAGUCUUUUCAAGGCUUUUUGUAUCUACAAACAACAUUUAUGUAUAGCUCAUUAUGCAUGUAAAUAAACCACCCUUACUGUAUGUGA